AUGCGAUUCUACAAUCAAGACGACAGCCACUCGGCGGGAAGCUCUUAUCCGUCCUACCCGCCCGUUGCUUCCUCUGCAUCAUUCUCUAAUCAUCAUCAAAACAUGCGUCGAUUCAGCGUGGAACAUGCUCGUCCUUCCUCACAGGCCAAUGGCUCCAGAACGCGCUACAGCGAGCCACCUCGCAGUCCUUUGCACCUACCACCACCGCCACCGCAACACUCUCAUCGCGGAUCGGAUUCGUACGAGGAGAGAGACCUUGGAGAAAUCGCAGCAGCCAACCAGGCUGCUCAGGAACAAAGAUGGGGUUCGCACACUGCCCUCUCAGAAGCACCUGCUCGACAUGAACUAUACCAAGAUCAGCAAAACUUGAUCUACCGCCACUACUCCGUGCCCGCGAUGCCCGGCAGCUACGAACCUGAGCGCUAUGAGCCUGCUCACUAUGAUGGAGGCUUUUAUUUGGAGCCGCUGGCAAGUUCGUACGAGCUAGCGCCAAAGGAUCUAGUGGCUCCACGCAAUGGAGCUCUCUCCAUAGCCUCGGGCCAGUCUCGCCAAAGUCUUCCAGCCUACGCGUCGCCUGCAUCGGAAUCACCCAACAUGUUCAGCAUCAAUGCAGCUCAUCAUCUGCCCGGAUCUCACGCACGUCCACAGGAUGUGUUUGGACCAGACAUUGCGCAGCCAGGUGCACGUUUUGGCGAUUCCCUGCCGGGCUUCCCCAACUGGUCUCACACCUGGUACGGUGGGCACCUCUCAGCGGACGGUCAUGCUUACACGAUGGUGCCGCCAGGCUCAGGUCAGAGCGGGUGGGAAAGUGAGACGCUCAGUCAUGGCCGAAAUGUAGCUCCCGGGCUCGUUGGCCAAUAUGGACCACAUCCCUAUGGCCAAACAAUGACAAAGGACUACGUGAAAGAGGAGCGCAUCCGUAUGCUGGAAAAGGAGUUCGGACCCAAAAUGACAAGCAAGCGGAGAAGCAAAGCAGCUGACGAUGAUGAGUUGGAUGAUGACAGCCUGGAGGCAGAGAACGUUCCGAUGGGCGGCAUCGAUGCUAAAGGUCGUCUUGUUCUCCCGCGUCGAAAGCUGCGCACCACAACGCGCUGGCUACAAUCCCUUGUAUCUCUGGGCGCGGCCGGAUUGGGCAUCGGUGGAUUCAUCCUGAUUCGACCGCAAGAGAAAGCACCGCCAUCUGGCACGUUUGCGUCGUUCGUUUUGUACGGUGUUUCGGCCAUCUCGUCCAUUGUCUGCCUUUGGCUCUUCGCCCUGAAGCCAUGUUGUCGCUCUGGUCGCGAGCCCAAGUCUUUGGGGGGACCAGCAGCUGGACAUGGCUUGGUGAUCCCCAUCAUGGCCGCAGGAGGAGGUGCUGCAGGUGGCAAUGGCAAACCGAGCAUGUUUGGCAAAAAAUCCAAAGCACAACAGGGCCCUACAGUCAACCUCAUCGUUGAUCCGAAGCUUCUGGGAGGUCGUGCAGACGUGUCAGACACAGACACGGAUGACGAUGACGACGCAACUGUCUCAGGUGAGGAGUGUCGCCGCAAGAAACGCAAGGCAAAGAAACGCAAGCAACUGGGUAUGCUGGCCAAAAUCAAGCAACAAGCACACUGGCGUCUUGCACGAAAGAGUCUCAAAUGGGAUUGCGGCUGGGACGUCGUGCUGUGUCUGUUGUGGGGAGCAGCGGCGGUAAUGGCGCUAGCAGUGGGACGUAAAUGUCCUGCCGGGACGGCCGAAGGCUGGUGCAACUUGUACAAUGGUGCUAUCGCCUGUUCAGUGAUUGCUACGCUUCUGUUUCUCGUGGCGAUUUGGUGCGAUAUCGUUGCGCUGCGAGCCUCCAAGGCUCCGCCCGGCGGUCGUGUCUAG